AGUGCAUACCAGUCACCGACGACGCGGCCCGAGAACAGAGCAGCUGACACCGCAACGCCGCUAUGACGCCAGCUGCUGUUCUCAGCAGACGCCGCCUGUAGGGAACAGUUAGUGAGCUGCAUCUGAUUGUCUGGCCUUAGUAUACAUCAUGCUGAUGCUCGACAUGUCUUUCAAGCUGCUGCUAGUGUCUUUGGCGACGAUGAGGGACGUUGCCUCUGCUGAGGGCGGCGUGGGUCCGGCGUGCGCCUGCGAGCCGCAGGGCCACCUGGCCACCUGCAGCUUCAUGGACCUGACGCGGGUGCCGGCCUGCCUGCCGGGAGAGGCGGUCACCCAGCUCUACCUGGACCACAACAGCAUACAGGAGCUCACCGCCGACCAGCUGCGGCCCUUCUCGCUCCUGAGGUUCCUCUCUGCAGAGGGCAACCUCAUCACCGACCUGCCGCAGGACCUGUUCCGCUACACGCCGCGGCUGCGGGAGAUUUACCUGUCCGAGAAUAGAAUAAAAAGCGUCUCCCCGACGACGUUCCUUCCCGUGGCAAAUCUGCAGAAACUUGUUCUCAGCGAAAACCACCUGUCGUCUCUACCGCCGGAAGUCUUCAGCGGGCUGCCGAAGCUGCUGGAACUGGACCUGAGCGGCAACCAGCUGACGUCGGUGCCGGCGGACGCGUUCCCGCGCUCGCUGCGGCUGCUGCGGCUGCACAAGAACCAGCUGGAUAGCCUGCCUGCCGCGUGGCCCGCAGCGCUGGAGGAGCUGGACCUCAGCGACAACAUGCUGCGGCGCGCAGAUGCGGCCGCCCUGGACCGGCUGCCGGCGCUGCGGGAGCUGCGCCUCGAGGGAAACCCCUGGCACUGCGCGUGCGACGCCACCGGGGACCUGGCCGCGCUCGUCGCCCGCCGCAACUUCCUGGAGGACAUGGAGGACCCCAUGGUGUGCGCCUCGCCGCCCGACCUCAGGGACUCGCAGCUGCUGCACGUGCUGCGCUAUUGCUACAUCGACCCCAGCGCCACAGGCGUCUCCGCCACGCCACCCACACUGCUCGGCCGUGUACCGACAGGUAUCCGAGAGACGAGUGCAAGACCUCCUGCAGCGGCUGCCAACUCUUCCGUGACACCCGCCACCGUCACGAAUACAACGGACGUCCCUUUCAAUCCGGCGUACAACCACGCGCAGGACACACUCGCCUUCAGUUUCAUCCUCCUCGUGUCGAUCUGCCUCGCUGUAGUGGCCGUCAUCCUGAUACGCAAGAUCUACGUCCUGUGCCGCGAGAAACGCUUCUGCGUCAGGCACGACGCGGAGAAGCUGACGUCAGAAGACGAGGAGUCAGUAGUCUAGCACCAUCAUCCAUAGAGCCGCCAUCGUGCCGCUCAUUACCGCAUCAGAAGAACAAACCACUUUUUCAUAUCUUUGUUCUGUGUUGUUAUUGACAAUCUGUCUCCUGCGCGCAGCGUCUAUGAAACGAUACAGCACACAAACUUGACAUAAUAACCUAAACUACAGAAUUGUGUUUUAUAUUUCAGGCAACAAAGCGAAGUAGAUCCUCCGCAACGGGCUUUACUCGUACCUAAUUGCAGACGUUAACUAGUCUGCAACUCGAUACUUACCAGAUUCUUCUUAACCCGUUCUCCAUAGAAUGGAACUGAAGUUCCUGCUAAAUACUGGAAGCAAUUUUACAACGGCAGUGAAAACUGUGGUGCAUUCUAUUGCUGAUCCGCAGUUUAGAGACCUCCAUAGAUUUCAUCAGUCUGUCUAGUGCCAAUUGUAGGAAGAGGAUACGAACGUCGUCGACUAUGGAAGAUACUGAAUGAAAUAUUUUCUGUUCUUUGUUAGAAGUAACGACAAAUAAACUGUGGGCUACUUCCUUCAAACUAUACAACUGCAGGCGAAACUUCUCGUGUGAGUCUUGCUGUUGGUACAACGAUGAGUUUCUCGUACACACAGAUGUUUCAUGUGCACAAAAGAUAAAUAACGGGAUGUUUCUAUAUGUGAAAUUCGUUAAAAAUGGCUUACCAUUAAACUGUUACCAUUAGAAAUAAACCGUUCUCUUUGCAGUAUAGUGGUAAAUGUUUCCACGGAAUCAAGAAGGAGAUUUUCUUUCAUAAACAAUUAAUGAAUUACGCAAUAUCUGUUUGUUGUACUCUUCUGUGAACACAUAUGACCUAUGAAUAAUGAGAUAGACAUACAAACCAUUGACUUUUAUCUGCGAACAGUACCAUGAUAAUGUUACAUCAUUGAAUAGAGCCAGCUAUUCAGAAGUGUAAUAUGUUGUAGUCGUUCUCGUGGUUAAAGACGAAUGCAGAAAUAUAUUAUGUGUGUUAUAACAUUUAGAAUAUCACCUUUGGUACUGAAAUUAGGAGCGUCGGAAAAUAACGUGAGCAGUUGUUACCGUAGUCUUAAAUUUUUAUGUGUUCUGAAAUGGAAGGCUCGUGAAUUAUCAGCAUAUGUAAGAC